CUCUUCCAGUACCUGAUGGUGGCACACCAACCUUUCCCGUUCUUUUUCACUGCAUAGACUGUUCUGAAUACAUGCACUAGGGAUUGCUGACAUUCGCGUCACACCGAGUGGUGUACCGUCGCCGCCUCCAUAGAGAGAAUAUCGAAAACUGCCGCAGGCACAGGCAAUCGCCGCCAAAUUUUCUGGAAUCCUCCCUUUCAUGCCUCCUGCCGGAGCCACUGCCGAAGAUGCUGGCUGUACGGUCAAGACGUUCAGCAACACAGAGGUGCAUAUGGUUCUAAAUAAAAGGUCGCAAGGGUCCCUUCGCGCCGUCCUGAAGUCCACCCACAACUCCACCCCGAGAAUAACACUGGAACCCAUAACACAAUGAGAGAAAAGCUCCAGAAGAUCCGGGAGUACUUCCGACGCCGCCGCGCCCGACGACUUAACAACCGACUGCAGGCCAUGGCGAGGGAACAGAACAUCGGGCUCGCCGGGCUGCCCAUUGAACUGGCUGAAAGCAUCAUCCAACUAGCCCACACCAAGACCCUGCUUGCGCUCCGCCUCACCUGCAAAGAUUUCCAGAAGCUCGUUCACAAGGAACUCCAGAAGCGCUGCAGAGAAACGGUCGUGCCACCGCAGGAGCUUUACGAGGCCAUGAUUGUCACCAACGUGCACAUGAAUCGGCGCAGCAGUCGGUAUAGAUGGACAGAUAACCCGGUAAGUCAGCCCCUCGCGCGCGCGGUGGCUGAGGGCCGGGUGGACGCGGUCCGCUUCUGUCUAGAAGCAGGACUCAGUGCUAACCUCUACGACCUCAGUGCCCGACCUCUGUUGCACAUCGCCGCCUUCUACUCGCAGGUGGCCACGGCCCGUCUGCUGCUGCAGCACGGUGCUGAUCCCUUCGCUACGGCGCGGGUAAGCCGCAGCACGGCGCUGGAUUUCGCGGUGAGCCCCGAGCUUAGCCACGAAGAAUUCGGACCUCCCUUCGGGUGGGCGAUGCACGAUGUCCGGCGCGACGAGAUGGUGAGACUGCUCCUGUCCGAGGGGGGCCGGUUCUCCAUCGAGGCUGGACCCGGGGUUCUGCCCUAUCUGUGCACGAUGCCGGAUUGCAGACUUCUUCUCCGGCAGGCGUACAACAACGGCACCUACCCCAUGGACGAGGCCAUCGCGCGCCAUCUGCUGCAAUGUGAACGGUGGCCCGAGGUGGUCAAGUGGGUCGUGGCAGCCCUGCCGGAGGCACUCAACCCGGUCAUCGUCACACGCGACGGACUCUCGGCCAUCGAACAGGCCCUGUUCGCUCACCAUAAUGCUCUUGCAAUGGAAAUGAUCAUUCAUGGGUUUCCCUUGAAUAUGGGCCCCUUCGGCAAUGAGUACCCGGAGCUGACGUUCCCACUGAGCAACCUUCGCCACGGUGGUAGCGUCCAGACCCCCACUGACCAGCAAGUUGCCAGGGCGCUGAUCGCGCGACCCGAGCUUCAGGCUGUCGGAUUUGGUCGUUGGGUCUUGCACACGGGCAGCAACCGUUCAUACAUGGUUAUCAAUGAGCCGAUGAACUUCCACUUACGCUCCCGAAACUGGCGCAUGGUGAACUAUUUGCUGGGGCUCUAGUGCCUAGUUGGUUCAAUUGAGAUUGCCCUGCUCAGAAUGGGAAUUUCUUGCUACAUCUUCCAGACUGAUCUUUCCUAGUUUCAUCAUCCAGAUUGUGAAUUUCCUACAAGCGUCAUCUAUCUACCCCCACUGGCUGUGACUCUGUUGUAGUAAGCACCUUAAUCAAUCCCCUUCCUUCGCAUGAAGGCGAGAAGAAAGACUCCUUUCUAGGACGAAGUAACCUUGAAGGACCUGACCUACCCACGACGCCUUGGGUCUGCGUACACCGCAAUACUGCCCAACCAGCAGCUUCUACAAGGAACUCAGCAGGAGCCUCAUUCUUAUUCCCAAGCCCCGAAACAUGAAACAUAUUGUUAUUCCUGAUCAUAUCAUUACUUGAG